GUCACACACAUCAAAAUGGCAGAUGUUGAUGACUUGGAGUUCAAUCCGCUCUACAAAUGUUUACAGACAAGAUUUCGCAAUGAGUUUGAGUCAGCUCAGGACAGCUGUUACUUAGUGUGUAUCCCACAGACAGCUUCACUAGUUGGCAUCGCCAUCAGUCAAAGUUUUGUCGAAACUCAUCUGUUGAAACCAUCUCCCAUGUUGAAAGAUCAUUACAUCAGCACAGAUAAAUGUAAUUCUAAGACAAUCUCAGUGGAGGAUGGAAUAAUUACUUGUGCAGAAGGAUUCCGACAACAAGAUACUGUAAGAGUCCUAUCAGAAGAACUUGGCUACAACAAGAACUACAAGCCAUUUAAGAUGUUGAUCAUCGAGAGACCACUAGAGGGCGCUAGAAAGGGAAGGCGGGGCUCAGCUGGAUUAUCAGAUGAGUUUCUUACGCCACGCACAACUUAUGCAGAAAAUUGCAAAUUCCUGAGUCUUUUCCACGAGAACCACAGUCAGCUUAAAGCAGUCGACCAAAAGAUUUGGGAGUUCAAUCAGACGUACAUGAUCCUCCCUGGUUACCUUCAAGAUGCAGCGCAUAAACUCCAUGGUAUUUGGGAAAACGCUAGAUUGGCAUUUAGUGAGACCAACAAUUACAUCAGACUUCAGUCAGACAGCAGGCUGAUAGAAGCCAUCACAAUAGCACUGGAAACGUAUUUAAUGGGUGGAGUUCACGACAAAGUAAUCAGGGCAGUUAGUCAACAAUUGAAAGCAGAUGAUGAGCUUCUUUAUGAGAGAGUUACGGAGCUUCGAGGAGUGACGGCAGAACAGCUUGGGGUUCAUAAAGACUUCUGUUGUCCUCUACCAAGUGCUGUGGUUGAGUUGGCCAGAUUGGAUGGUAUCAACAACCCACAUGAGAAGUUACUUUGUCUAAAAUCAACCCUGGAUGGCAUCACUGAUGAAGUAACCGUUCAUCUGAAGGCAAAUCUAACCCCAGGAAAGGCUCCACGUUGUCUCACCUCUGACGAACUUAUACCGCUACAGGUUCUGGUGAUUAGCCAAGCUAAGUGCCAACACAUUGCCAGUAAUUUAUACUACAUGGAGCAUUUCCAUUGGGUCAAAGCAGAACACACUGAUGUCGGGUAUACGCUGGUGUCAUUUAAGGCAGCGGUGGAAUACAUGAGGAACACAGACUUCACCAAACUCACAAAGAACAGCCACAAGUUAAAGAAUGAGAUGAGUAUUGAGGAGUUAAUGGCCGCCUACAAUUCAAACUUUGACCUCGCUACUGAUCAUCCUCCAGCGUCACCACUGGCUCAGUCUACAAUUGGCAAUAUUGCACGUAUGAUGGAAAAGACAUCACUCUCUGCUAGCCCACAAGGUCACCAGACUAUUUAUGCUGGUAAACCAGCUGCAUCCAAACUACAGCCCAGUGCAAAACCAGAUGUUAUCCCAAGCAUAGAGAAAGAUGGCAAGUCACAUGGAUUAGGUGACUUCCUAUCAGCACUACAAAAUGAUGUACUGGAUUGUGCGUAUGGAAAGCUCGACUGACGGACUGAGGGCAAGUCUAAUGUGACACUUUAAAAAACUUAAUUGUGUGUUUCAUAAAGUAGUUUACUUUUACCAGAUAUUUUCCCAAAAGUAGUAUUUUGUACCGGUGAAUGUUGCUAGUUCAACCUCGUUGACAGCUGAGUAGUUCAAUUUUGUAUUUUGUAAACUAUGAAUAUUAACAUUUUUGCUGGUAUUCAUUUAAAGAUUGCGAAAUGAUGUAUUUUUUUUUUAAAACAUUAAACAUGAAUGUAAAAUUUGCUGAGUGGUGCAUCCAAAUCAAAGUUAAAAAGUGAAAUUAAUCUUUUGACAAGUAUUCAGAAAGUUUCUUUCAAUCCUUAACCCUUCAAAAUUGUUUGAGUUUGACCAAUUUUAUAUUUUAUUCUAAUAAAAUUGUAUUUAUUUGUUUUUUUGGAAGAGAGAGAGUUUCCAGUACGUCAAAUCGGCAAAAAAUUUAACAGCAUCUUUAAAGGUUGAUGGGAUAAACAUACAAUCUUUAAAGAUGAACUGCGAAGAAUCUAAUUAAAAGUCAGAAUUGGUCUGGAACCUACGUAUCUUCAGAACCUUAUUUUGUUAUAAAGCCCACAGGUCUCCCAAUCUACGAUCUUGUUCUAUUUCCCAUUAAUUUGUGCUUGUCCCCUGCACGCAGCGCACUAGGGCCAGCGAGCAUUCACAGCAUUCACAGCCAGUGCACUGACAUUAAAGGCAGUGGACACUAUUGGUAAUUACUCAAAAUAUUUAUUAGCAUAAAACCUUUCUUGGUGACGAGU